AUGCUUUCUACCUCAUACCUAGUUUCAUGUGUUGUUCUUGCUACCUCUAACUUGGUGGUCUUGUCUACUCCUCUUCCUCAAGUCCCUGCAACUGGAUCUUCGUCUCUUCUUGGUCCGACUGGUGCUUCUAUCUUGGGUGGCGCUGGUUCUCCAUUUGGCUACUCACCCGAGAUGGGAGACUUUGGUGGCAUGGGGCCCACCUCUGGUUUAGGCUCCACUCCCGGCAUGGGAUCCACAUCUCCCUUCGGUGCCAACCCCGCGUUGGAGUCCGCUUCUGGAUUAGGAUACACCUCUGGAUUAGGAUCCACCUCUGCCCUAGGAUCCACCUCUGCACUAGGAUCCACCUCUGCAUUAGGGUCUACCUCCGCAAUGGGAACCACCCCAGCCCUAGGAACCACUUCUUCUCUCGGAGCCACAUCCGGGAUGGGAGCCCCACCCGGGAUGGGAGCCACCACGGGCUUAGGCGCAACUGGGCUUGGCUCGACCUCGGGAAUGACCACACCGACCUCAACCAUGUCCCCCUCGAUAUCAUCCAUGCCGUACAUGGGAACCAAUUCGACAAUGUAUGCCAUGGGAAACAAUUCGUCAUCGAGAACUGGCGCACCUAUCGGCGGCUCUUCACCUUCGAACAGAUCGAGCAUGAGCAUGAGCAUGGCAAGCACCCCCACAAGCAGUCGAGUUGGAAACCUGAGCGGUUCUUCUGACAUGAUGCACGGCGCCGAUGGCAUGCAUGGUUCCAACCACUCCAUGGGCAUGGGUAUGGGUGUGGGUAUGGGUAGUUCCAGUUCAUCAAGUUCCAGCUUAGGAUCUGGAUCUGGGGGUUCUAGCAUGCUGGGUUCAGGCUCAGCGAUGACCUCAUCCACCGCAUCAAGAAACGCCAACAUCAGUGCUACUGGUUCCAUGGGUUCAAUGGGUUCCAUGGGCUCCAUGGGCUCAAUGGGUGCCAACAACCGCAACAGUACCGGUAUGAUGCAACCACAGUCCGAAAAGUCAGACGCGUCUGUUCACAUGAGUCUAGGUGGCUUCAUUGUCUCUGCGGUGGCUUGUAUGAGUGUGCUUGUUGUUUGA